UGCCUCAAUUCUUUUUUUAUAUAUAUAUAUUUUAUUCUAAUGGUAUAAAAAAAUAUAGUAGUAUACUCUUUGUUUCUCCGCCCAACACCCUCAUCCCUCAAUAUCGUAAUUUAAAAUCGAAAUCCUGCAUCUGUGUGUCCCCCAAAAAUGGCAGCAAUAUCAGGGAAGAUUGUCCAACAUUACCUGGUAGCAAAGUGCUGCCAGCAGGAUAGGAAAUUGAGCACAAAAUACCGACUGCACUAUUGUAACCUUAAUAGGCGCAAUUUGCUUCUCCCUGUAGGAGGGAAGUUGGCAUGGAAUAGCAACUCCACCAUGCAACUCGGCGCCUUAUCAAACUUUAAACGAGGAAUUGUUUAUUGCAAUGCUGCCUCAUCGUUCACUACAAUUCCAUCUGUUGAGAAAAACGACUUUCUUAAGCUUCAGAAUGGAAGUGAUAUACGUGGAGUAGCUGUUGAUGGAGUUGAGGGAGAACCUCUUACUCUCACAGAGCCAGUUACAGAAGCAAUAGCAGCAGGUUUUGCUGGUUGGUUGCUGGAAAAAAAGAGAUAUGAUUCUUCUAAAUGUUUAAGAGUCUCCAUCGGUCACGACUCACGAAUUUCUGCACAGAAGUUACGGGAUGCAGUUUCUCGAGGACUAACUAGAGCUGGAGUUGAAGUCAUCCAGUAUGGAUUGGCGUCCACACCAGCCAUGUUCAAUAGCACUCUUACAGUAAAUGAAGAAUUUUCCUGUCCAGUGGAUGGUUCCAUAAUGAUAACAGCAAGCCAUCUUCCCUACAACAGGAAUGGGUUCAAGUUCUUUACAAGUGCAGGAGGACUUGGAAAAUACGACAUCGAAGAUAUCUUGGAGCGAGCUGCUGAUAUAUACAAAAAUAUUGCAAAUAAUGAUUCUAAGGGGGCGGAAACAGCUGUUUCUCUAUCUGUGAAAAGUGUGGAUUACAUGUCUGUUUAUGCAUCUAAUCUUGUAGCAGCAGUCCGCAAAGCUGCAGGGAAUAUAGAAAAGCCACUGGAAGGGUUCCAUAUCGUUGUUGAUGCAGGUAAUGGAGCAGGCGGAUUCUUUGUGGGAAAGGUGCUUGAGCCUCUGGGUGCUAUUACUUCUGGCAGUCAGUUCUUGGAGCCAGAUGGUUUGUUUCCCAAUCAUAUACCUAAUCCAGAGGAUAAGACAGCCAUGAAAGCUAUCACCAAGGCAGUACUUGAUUACAGGGCUGAUCUGGGAAUCAUCUUUGAUACAGACGUUGACAGGUCUGCGGCUGUGGAUUCGCGCGGUCGUGAAUUUAACCGAAAUCGUUUGAUUGCUUUAAUGUCUGCAAUUAUUUUGGAGGAACAUCCUGGGACCACUAUUGUCACAGACAGUGUAACAUCAGACGGGCUGACAACAUUUAUUGGGAAGAAAUUAGGAGGGAAGCAUCACAGGUUCAAAAGAGGAUACAAGAAUGUAAUUGAUGAGGCUAUUCGUCUGAACUCAGUUGGCGAAGAAGCACAUUUGGCUAUUGAAACUAGUGGCCAUGGAGCUCUCAAGGAGAAUCAUUGGCUUGAUGAUGGUGCAUAUCUUAUGGUGAAGUUACUGAAUAAGCUUGCAUCAGCUAGAACAUCAGGACUAGGCGGCGGCAGCAAAGUCUUGACUGACAUGGUGGAGGGUCUCGAAGAACCAGCUGUUGCUGUUGAACUUAGACUAAAGAUUGAUCCGAAUCACUCAGAUCUUAAAGGAGGAUCCUUCCGUGAUUAUGGUGAAGCAGUGUUAAAGCAACUUGAGAAUACAGUGGACUCGGAUGCUAGGCUUCUGAAAGCACCCGUUAACUAUGAAGGGGUUAGAGUUUCUGGUUAUGGCGGGUGGUUCCUUCUAAGACUUUCACUACAUGACCCCGUUCUACCCCUUAAUAUUGAGGCACCAAGCAAUGAGGAUGCUGUAAAACUUGCUCAUGAUGUGCUUAAUGCCGUGAAAGAGUUCACCGCUCUUGAUACCUCCGCCUUAACUAAGUUUGUUGGAGUGUGAGCUGUUCUUGUGCGUUGAGUUUAUCUGUAGUCUAGACGAUCAUCAAAAGUUGGACUACUUGACCUCAGUGCUGCUGACAUGAUGGAUCUUUGAAAUUUUGGAACCUCUUGCAUAGAAAAGUAGUUGUUUUUUAACGAAUCAAGAGCUGUAUGUAAUAAAGUUACAUAAUCUGUCUGUACAGAGAAAAUUUUGAAUGAUAGCUACCAGGAGACAAUUGUGAUUACUUUGUUUACAGUAGUAGUUUUGGUGCAUCUUUUCCUUCAAGAA